GGGAAGAUGGCAGCCCUUGUGUCGCCCUUGGCUGCUGCGCGCUGCCUGCUGCGGGCUCUGGGGUGCCGUGCCCGCCUGCUCCCGCCGCACAGAGCCUACACAGCUCAGGCAGAUCAGAAGACAGGUCCUGGUACUCCUACAGAUGCUCAUGCCAGAGCCUUACUGGUUUGCAAUGGACCUUUAGAACAUUAUGACUUUUUGAUUAAGCAGGAAGAGCUGAAGAAUGAUGAGCAACAAAGAAGAGUUGUGGAGCACCUGCAGAAAUUGCAUGAGAGCCUUAAAGGCUACAGCAUUGAUUCAAAAAAUAUUCUUUCAAAGGUCUUUGCCAAAACCAAACCCCCAAAAGGUCUUUAUGUCUAUGGAGAUGUUGGCACAGGAAAGACAAUGGUGAUGGACAUGUUCUACUCUCACUUAGAAGUAGAAAGGAAAAAGAGAGUCCAUUUUCAUGGCUUCAUGUUGGAUGUACACCAGAGAAUACAUCGCCUUAAGCAGAACUUACCAAAGAGAAAAGCAGGAUUUAUGGCCAAAUCAUAUGACCCAAUUGCACCUGUGGCAGAGGAGAUAAGCAAAGAGGCUGCGCUCCUGUGUUUUGAUGAGUUUCAGGUCACUGACAUUGCUGAUGCCAUGAUUCUGAAGCAGCUUUUUGAAAAUCUCUUCCAAAAUGGGGUUGUCGUUGUGGCAACAUCUAACAGGCCGCCAGAAGAUCUCUAUAAAAAUGGUCUUCAGAGGGCUAAUUUUGUACCAUUCAUUGCUGUGCUGAAGAAAUACUGCAGCACAGUCCAGCUUGAUUCUGGAAUAGACUACAGGAAACGAGUGCUUCCAGCUGCUGGAAAACUUUACUACCUCACAAGUGAAGCUGAUGUGGAGGCUGUCAUGGAUAAGUUGUUUGAUGAGCUGGCUCAGAAACAAAAUGAUUUAACUAGACCAAGGAUUCUAAAAGUGCAAGGCAGAGAGCUGAGGCUGAAUAAAGCAUGUGGAACCAUUGCAGACUUCACGUUUGAAGAGCUGUGCGACAGACCUCUUGGAGCCAGCGACUAUUUGGAAAUAUCAAAGCAUUUUGACACAGUGUUUGUUCGUGACAUACCGCUUCUUACAAUAGCAAAAAGGACACAAACUCGUCGUUUCAUUACUCUUAUUGAUACCUUUUAUGAGCAUAAGGUGCGCAUUAUCUGUUCUGCGGCAGCUCCUCUCCAAAACUUGUUCCUGGUGGAACAUGGCAGCGGUGAACUGCAGGACAACAGAGUGUUGAUGGAUGAUUUGGACUUGAGCCAGGAUUCUGCCAAAGGACUCUCCAUGUUUACAGGAGAAGAGGAAGUCUUUGCCUUUCAGCGUACUCUUUCACGGCUCACAGAAAUGCAAACUGAACAGUACUGGAAUGAUGGGGACAGAAGCAAAAAAACAUAAUUAAAAGUUGAAUGAAAUCACCAAGAAGUACAAUUACAGCAUGAAAUCACCAAGAAGAAAAAUUGGAAAAGCUUCGGAAAAGAACUGGAAAGCUUUUUAGCACAACUUGAAUAAUAAUUGCACUUUAUCAUCUGGACCAUGUUUUCUUUCAUUAAUAGUUUUUUGAGCUUAAGACAUGAGGUCUCAUCAGUUAUUUUUCUGUACCACCAGUGUGUGGAUGUGUGAAAUUUUGCCUUCAUUUGUUGUUACCUGUCUGGAUGUCCGGGUCCAUACAGUGGUGGUGAAUGGAAUUACAUCCAGCUGCUGGCUGGUCACCAGUGGGGUUCCCUAGGGCUCAGUACUGGGGCCUCUUCAGUGUACUCAGCCCUCUUCAAUAUCUUUAUCCGUGGUAUGGACAAGGGGAUCAAAGUACACACUCAGCAAGUUCACAGAUGACGCCGAGUUGGGUGGGAGUGUUGAUCUGCAGGAGGGUAGGAAGGCUCUGCAGAGGGAUCUGGACAGGCUGGAUCAAUGGGCUGAGGCCAGUUGUGUUUGGUUCUGCAAGGCCAACUGCCAGGUCCUGCCCUUGGGUCACAAUAACCCCAGACAGCCCUGCAGGCUGCAGCAGAGUGGCUGGACAGCCCCUCGGGAGAAAAGGAUCUGGAGGUGCUGGUCAACAGAACAUGAGCCAGCUGUGCCCAGGUGGCCAAGAAGGCCAAUGGCAUCCUGGCCUGUAUCAGCACCAGGGCAGGGAUUGUCCCCCAGUAACCGCACUGGGAGGCCAUGCCUCGAAUCCUGUGUUCAGUCUGGGCCCUCCACUACAAGAAGGACAUUGAGGGGCUGGAAUGAGUCCAGAGAAAGGCAAUGAAGCUGGUGAAGGUUCUGGUGAACAAAUCCUGUGAGGAGUGGCUGAAGGAGCUGGGGGUGUUUAGCCUGGAGAAAGGAGGCGUGGGGGGUCCUUAUUGCUCUCUACAACUCCCUCAAUGGAGGCUGUAAUGAGGUGAGGAUUGGACUCUUUCCCCAGCCAGCCAGUGACAGGAUGAGAGGACACAGCCUCAAGCUGCUCCAGGGGAGAUUCAGGUUGGACAUGAGGAAGAAUUUCUUCAUUGAAAAUGUUGUCCAGUAUUGGAACAGGCUGCCCAGGGAGGUGGUGGAGUCACCAUCCCUGGAAGUGCUAAAGAAAUUGCGGGACAUGGCACUUAGUGCUGCAGUUUAUUUGAUAGGGUGAUGUUUGGACAAAAGUUGGACUUGGUCUUUGAGUUUUUUCCAACAUUAAUGAUUCUCUAAAAUAUAACUUUGAGGUUCAGGAAAUAUAAUGGGUUUAGAAUUUUUCUGGAGGAUUGGUGUAUGGAAAACGUUGAUGGGCUAUGCAGAGGCAUUUUAUGAUGUCACAUGAAGUCGGCACUUCAUUGUUUAUGCACUUCUGUCAGGUACAAUGCUGCUUGCACAAAAGAAAAAUCAAAUGUUUUCUUUAAGAAACUCCUGAUAUUGUCCAUGUCAGACUCUUGGAAUUCAUCUGUAGUGUGUUCUGUUUUGCUUUUUUUUUUAUUAUUCUCUGAUUCUAGCUAUGUGUUGACAUUCAGGCUCUAGGAGUUUUUUUUUAAUCAGACUGCUGCUCAGUCUGGUUCAUUGAAAGCUAAUGGUUUUAACCAAGAGAGAACCCUGAGGAGGAGCUUUAAGGUACUUGAAGCUGCACAGGAAUAAGAUCUAAGUAAUGGAUGGGAAAAGAGACCUUGAUAAGACAGACUAUGCUGUAACAAAUAAGUGAAAGUUCAUAUUCUUCCUAAAUUUAGUGGUUCUUACAAGCCUGAAUACACUGCCUUUACACCAAUGAUGUCUCUACCCUGAAUUUUCUUUAGGCUUCUUCUACACCAAACCUUCCACUGCUGCUAACAAACCUGCCCUGAUCUGGGGGAAGCAGUACCCAAUAUUAGUCAGGCAAUUCAUCCUGUUACCAUAGGAAUGUGUUUUAUGGAAAAGACAGGAUAGUAAUUGAUACCUCAAGACACAUCACCCAUCCUCAUCUUUGUAGCUGGAAACUCUAGUUAAAGAUGCAGUAGUGUCAUUCUUGAUUUUAAUCUUAACUGAAACAAAACAUGGUAUUGUGUGUAUUGGCUUAUCAUGUAUUUUUAUAAAGCAAUCCUAAGAGCAUAUUUAGAAACUUUGAGUAGAAAAGAAACAUGGAGAUGGGCUGAAGACUGCCCUUAUUUCCUAGGGAGGAGAUGUAUAACACACUGUGCCCAACUGUGAGAGGUUAUCUUGGAUUUUGCAAUAUAUCUUUCUGUCUGUUACCACAUUGUCUCACAUCAAUUAUCAUCAAUUGUCAGAUUUACAGAAAGCUUCUAAAAGGGCCUUCUGGGCAGCAGGGAGGGCUGGAGAGGUCCUGUGCACUUAUUUUUGUUAGGGAGGCACGUGCUCAAGUCUGGUUUUCUGUUCUGAUCCCUUCUGUUUGUCCUGGAAGUUACUUACACUGGUUAUACCUGCUCUUCACAUAAUUUUUAAAGCCUAUAUUUAUAGUUUGCAGCUCAUGGAACUAUAAUAUUAUUCCCACAAGGGUGACUACCAUGGAGAAUUUUAAUGCAUAUUUAUGAAAACUCCAAUCAAAACACAUUGCUUAUACUUAAGAAUAUCCAAAUAAUUGGUGUAUGUUUUCAGAAAUUCAGAUUAGGUUUCUCAACCUAGGGACUAUUGACACUCAUGUAUGUGUGUCUGUAUAUACAAACACAUUUGUGUAUUUAAUUUAUACAUGUAUAUAGAAAUCUAGAUAAAACUAAUAUAUAUCAUUUAAGUGUGUGUGUUUCUGUAUUUAUAUGUGGCACUCUAUACCUAUCAGCCUGGGACUGUGCUGAUAACUCUUCUGAAGCUUCAGCCUUGACUUCUUUUGAGUAGCAUUCAAGUGCUUCCUGCCUUGAACCAGAAUGUGUUGUCCAAAAAUGGAAGAUGGUGGUAGAUAACCUAAGGCACUUUGCAUAUAGAUAUUUAUUUACAUUCUUUUAAAAACUUUAUAUGUUUAGCCUGUAUGUCCUUCUCUGUCAGGUGGUACAGGUGUGUAAUCCUGCAGAACACAGAUGACAAGUGUGGGACAUGUGGGAGAGGAGGUCCUGGCAGCUUCUUCAUUCCCACAGGGACAGGUCAGGGAAGUGAGGUGUUUCUCCACCAUGUGGGUGAUGAUGAAGCUCCUUUAACCACAGAGUCCUUGUCUGUAUUCAAACUGCUGCUGCUUUGCCAUUGGUAUUUGAGGCUUUUCUGAAGUCCGAAUGCACAAACCCCAGUUCAGAUACCCCAGGUUUUUGGAAGUAACUCAGAUACCCCAGGUGUUUGGAAGUGCAGUGGGACUGAUGUACCAUUGAAAGCCUCUAAGGAUAUAAAUGAGAUCUGUGAAAACACAGGAGGGAAGUUCCCAAAAGCUUCCAGAGCCAGCAUUGCUUCCAGAACACAUUGCUAAAUAAAACCAUAGUGCUUGUCUUUCCUUGGCCAGCAUGGAAUUUGUCUGUUGGGAGUCCCUGGUAGAUACCAGCAGUAAUCAAGGAAAAUAAAAGGAGAAGAUUACAGAAGUGUUUUGAGGCUGAAAACAGGAAAAGUUGCCUAAAUCACUGCUGUAUUUGUGAUUGUGCUGCAGAGGGAGGUAUGCCACUUUUGGGUCAGGUCCUCAGGGAGAAAUUUAUUGGACCAGUUUCUCAGCCAGCCCAGAUACCAGGGCAGAGGGUGCCUCAGUAACCACAGAAACAGCAUAUUUAUGCCCAUGUACCUCCCUGAAGAAAGUGAGGCCCUAUUUGCUUAGUUUACAAAUACUGUAGCAUGUAUAAAGCCUUUUUCCAGUGCUGAGUUGGGGGUGCUGCUUCUGGGGUCAGACACCUUCCAGGAAACUGGUGCCAGCCAGAAUCUCACUGGACACCAUGGACAAGAGUGGUUGUGUCAUGCCCCAGGAUGCUGGGCCACUUGUGCUCCCAGCUGUCUUGUCCUCUGCUGCCUGGCCUGCUCCUGCUGCUGUGAGACAGCAACAGCCCAUGACUUUAUUCCACAUGACUUUAUUCCACAUGAAGAUGUUUUAUUUGCCAAAACGUAAACAGUGAGAUGCCUUUGACUAAAUUAUGAACCUCCAUAAUAGCCUUAAAAAUUGCUGGAUGGAUGCUGGAUGCUUGUGGUGGAUGCUUCUAUCCGGAGUUGAAGUCCUGGCUUUUUAGGGUUUUCUUGAUUUGUGAAUUCAUGUCAUCUCAGAUCUGCAUCAAGUUUUUAUUUCUUUUAGUCGUUUAGAAAACAUUAUUGACAAGUUAUUUUUAAAGGUCUUUUCAAGUGACCUUUAUUGAUGUGGUAUAAUAUUUUGCUGUGAUAGGAAGCAAAAUCCUGGGAAUUAUGGACCAUGUGAAACACUUCAUGUUUUCUAAAGUUCACAUCCUGGUUGAGAAUCUCACAACUAACUUCUUUCAAAUACUUAAUUGACCAAAGAAUGUUCACAAUACCCAAAAAUUUAUUUAUUUUUUUUUUAAUAAUAAAUAGGGAAAUUCUGUCUUUCAGAGUUACCAUUUUCAGUAUUUAUUUCUGUGCUGAUUGAGGGAACAAUUGCAGUAUUUUGGGUAGGACAAGACAGCAUUCCAGAGGCUUUAGAGGGAUUUAAGAUGCACUUUUUGCUGUUGCUGGUUUUCAGUCUGAAGAGGAAAACCAUUAAUGGCUUUUCUUUUAGUAAAGGUGUUCGUGAUGACACCACAGCUGGAUAGAUGGCACCUAUUUUGCAGCAAUCUAAGCAUGAAAAAAAGCAACUGACCAGGUUUCAAACAGUGCCCAGCACGGUCACCAGCCAUGUAACAAGGAGGAAGAACAGUCUCUCCAUCAAGACGCAGCUAACAGAAUUAAGAUUAGGAUUUUUCUUUCUGCAAUUGCCUGGGUCUGAAUACACCUGGUGCCUCAGUUUCCCUGUUGAAAAAAUGGGAAUGAUAUUACUGUCUUACUUUUUAACUCUGGCAUGCUGCCAGACUUCUCUCAUUAAUAUUCUAAGAUGCUUGCUGAGACUCUGGGAUGAAAAUACUUCAGUAAAGUAUGUAAAUACUGCAAAAAAUUAAUUUAGCUACUCAGAGUGGAUUAGUCUUCUUGUUUGGGUUACAGAAUUAAUGUCAUCCACUGAACACCACGUGCCUCGUGGUAGUGAUUUUGUUUUAAAUAAUGUAUCUAUUUUAAGAAUUUAUUUAAAGAAAAAAGAGAGAUUUGAGAUUAAAAUUGUAAACCAUUUGUGUAGUUUUUAUUUUACUUGUAAUAACAAAUUUCCUAUAAGAUUUAUAACAAUCUCAGAUCCUAUAGAUGUGAAAUACAGUGGUUUUGUAAAUUCUGUUGGGAUUUUCCUUGUAUACAGAAAAUAUUUUUUAAAAUAUGUCAUUUUGAAUCUAAUAUAUUACAGGCUGAACACUGCCAAAUCUAUCUGUCAUUUGUGAAGAAUUUAUCUUGUAAUAAAAAUUAAUAAAUCCAGAUUUUAUAAACUU